AUGCCGGAGAAACUUGCAGCGCCAGGUGGGGGGGAUGCUCACACUCGGAGAGAAGAGAGUGGAGGAGGAGAGAGGGACGGAGACGGGGAGGGGGAGGGGACCUUGGUGCUUCAACGGGUGACGUUGGAAAGCCUUGUGGGUAUGCUGGUGCAGGUGGUGCAGAGCGGAGGGGAGGUUGGGGAGGCUGGAGGGGAGGAAGGAGGGGAGGUUGGGGAGGGGGGUAUAGGGGAGGACAGUGAAGCAGCAGAGGUCAACGGGGGAGAGGGAGCGAGUGAAACCACAACUAUGGCUGCAGCAGCAAUAGCGCCAGGAGCAGUUAGCUCUAGAAACGACGUGGUCUCUCUCUUGGGAACGCCCAGGGAUGCCUUCACACACGUGCCUGCUGCUGCUCGCUGGGCCCGCGUGCUGCAGGCACGGGGCGACAAUGCCGUCCCGGAGAUCAAAUCCGUCAUUGGUAAGCUCAGAUGGGGCAUCUCAACAUGGCGCGCGCUGCGAGUGGCGGUGUCAGAGAAAAACGUGGCAUCAGCGCGGGAGGAUGCGCUGAGUGAGGCGCUUGCUGCUGCCACGAAGGCCGGCGUGUUUGUGGACGCACGGAGCAGGGUGCAGGCGCUGGAUGUGAUGGAGUCGCUGGGUGUGAUGGAGUCGCUGGGUGUGGAGUCGCUGCUGCAGGCAUUCUACGAGCAGAGCGAUGCGGCUACUGAGAGCCUCAGGACCAUGCACAUGCCUCGUACGGCUGCUCAUGCUCAUACUCAUGCUGCUGAUGCUGCUGCUCCUGCUGCUGAUGCUGUUGCUCCUGCUGCUGAUACUCAUGCUGCUGAUGGUGCCGGUACUGUGGGCGUUGUGGCGGUUGCUGGAGAGAGUGCUACAGCCACAGGAACAGCAGCAGCAGGUGGGGCAGCAAAUGGGGCAGGGGUGAUCGGUGAUGCAGCCACAACAAUGGAGCAAGGGGGAGGAGGAAUUUCAAUGCAACAAGGAAGAGGGAUGCAAGGGGAAAGAGUUUCAAGGGAGGGGGAGAGUCGGGCCGCAGAUGCAACAGUGGCAGAAGGAACACCGCCAAGGCGGCUUCCAGCAGCGCCUUCUACGGCCCCGACCGCAACCUGUUCCUGGGCCCCUUCACCUCCCCCCCCCUCGUACCUCACCGGCGAGUACCCCGGUGACUACGGCUGGGACACGGCGGGUCUGUCCGCUGAUCCCGAGACGUUCGCCAAGAACCGCGAGCUCGAGGUCAUCCACGCGCGCUGGGCUCUGCUCGGCGCGCUGGGCUGCCUGACCCCCGAGCUGCUCGCCAACAACGGCGUCAACUUCGGCGAGGCGGUGUGGUUCAAGGCGGGCGCGCAGAUCUUCUCCGAGGGUGGCCUGGACUACCUGGGCAACCCGAGCCUGAUCCACGCGCAGUCCAUCCUGGCCAUCUGGGCCACCCAGGUCAUCCUCAUGGGCGCCGUCGAGAGCUACCGCGUGGGAGGCUUGGAGGGCUUCCAGGAUGUGGAGGACCCGCUGUACCCCGGCGGUGCGUUCGACCCGCUGGGUCUGGCCGACGACCCCGACGCGCUUGCCGAGCUCAAGGUGAAGGAGCUCAAGAACGGCCGCCUCGCCAUGGUGUCGAUGUUCGGGUUCUUCGUCCAGGCCAUUGUCACCGGCAAGGGUCCCCUGGAGAACCUGUCGGAUCACCUCGCUGACCCCACCGUCAACAACGCCUGGGCCUAUGCCACCAACUUCACCCCCGGUGCUUAG